GCUGUCUCCGGUAAUGUUCCAUAGAUACUCACGCCCCUCUCCGCCCCUGCCGCGAGACAGGUGGUUGGACUAUAUGCUUUCAUCCUCGAGCGCUCCCUAUUAGAAUAACAGAGUGAAAAAAAAAUCUGUUGACAGCAGGAGAGGGUCGGUUGGCGCGAGCGCGUCCCCGAUGGACUUCCAGCGUGUGACCUCGGCGAUCACCGGGCGGACAGCAGGAGAGGGGGGCAGCAGCCGGAACGCACGAGGAGAGCCCCGCCGAUCCACUACCAAAUGUUUUGCAGCGAAUUCCUCGAGAUGCUGUUCACGGGAGCGGCUCUACCGACAGAGGAAUGAGAUGCGCAAGUAGAAAUUUGUCACGAUCUUCAUCUGAGAGGCGGCAGGAAAAUUCUGACAAUCCUCCGGUCUUGGGAAGUUCCCUUGGGGUGGCCGGGAGGGUGGAUUUCAUUAUGGCUUCAGGCGCCGGUAAGGCUGCACAGCCCCCCGGGCAGGGCUCAGCCGUGAACGGGACUGCGGCAGAGUUUUCCAACAUCGAGCAGGAGCUGUAUGACUACCAGAUGCACAGCAAGAUGUGCAAGAAGAUCGCUCAGCUCACCAAGGUGAUUUACUCUCUGAACAUGAAGAAUGAGGAGCAAGAAACAGCCUUGCAGGCCUUGAGCCACGCUCACCACGAUGAAUUGCACCGCAUCCUGAUGGAGACGUGUCACGAAGGGGAGGGGUCUGCAUUAAGGACACGUCUACUAGAGCUACAGGAAUCUCUGGAUGAGCAGCAACGAGUUGGAGCCCAGGUUCAGGCAGAUUUUGAAUGCUUCCGCAUGCAGGCGGAGGAGAGGGAGCGUGAGACCGAAGCAGAACUGAGGAAAGAGUUCGAGGACAAGCUCCAAGCUGCAGAGGAAGAGCUCCAGGAGGCCAAAACUCAGAUCAGUGCUGCCCAAGAGGAGAGCCUGAGACUGAGCACAGAACUGGAGAAAGCUAGGGAGCAGAUCCAGGAACUGAACGGCAAAUGUGAGGAGCUUCAGAAAGCAGCUGACAAGGAGAAAAAGAAGAAAGAGGAGGAGAAACAAAGAGAGGACGAGGAGAAAGAAAAACAAGAGGAGGAAAGAAGAACUGAAAAGCAUGAGGACUUGGAAAGAGUGAACGCCCUCCUAAAGGAACUGAAGGCACUCAGGCAGGAGAGGGAUGGAGCAGAAGAGGAGAAGAGGCAGGCAGUGAAAGAGGAGCGGGAGCAGUGGGGGCAGAAGGUGAACGAUCUAAAUGAAGAGAAAGAGCAAUUGAGGAAGAAAAUCGAGGCAGAAUGGAGAGAGGAGCGACAAAGGUGGGAGGAGAGGGAAGAGGAGGAGAAGAAGGGAAUGCACAGCGCUCUAAGAGAAAGAGUGAAGCGGGCUGAAGCAGAGGUGGAAAGUAACCUGGAGAAGCUGGCGGAGAGCAAGAGAAACACAGUGAAGCUGCAAGAGAGGAUACAGGACCUGGAAGAAGAGCUGGAGUUGGAUCGGAAGCGUGUGUCUGAGGCUGAAGGCGUGGUUAAACGGGCGGAGGAGGAGCUAGCGGUCGCCAAGGAGAGACUGCUGCUGCAGGAGGACGAGCUGCAAAGCAGAGCAGAAGAGCUCCUGAAUCGUGGGGGCUGUGAGGUGUGUGUGUGUGCUGAAGUAGAGGAGCUGAGGAGCCAGGUGAGUCGUCUGCAGAGCAGGAACAGAGAGCUGGAGCUGCAGAGCAGCGGCAGGAACAGUGACCACGCCCGGCAGAUACGUCAGCACGCUGAAGCUCUGUCCAGUUUGCGUUCGGAGAUGGUGAGAGCCCAGACCGAGGAGCUGCGCCGCAUCCAAAAGCACGCAGAUGAUGAAAGGGACAAACUGCAGAGGGAGAUGGAAAAAGAGAAGGAGAGCCUGCAGAAGGAGAGGGAGCAAGAAAAGGAACGUUUUGAAAAGGACAGAAACAGAAUGCGCAGAGAAAAAGAUGAGGAGAAGCAAGUACUGCACAAAGAAGUGGAGGAACUCAAAGAACGUCUGAGGAGUGAAAAAGAGGAAGAGGUGGACCGGCUCCGCAAAGAACUAGAGGUGGAGAGGGUUCGAGUUCGGUCCCAGUUGGACAAAAGCAUUGAACAGGUAGAGGCGGAGAGAGCCAAUGUGCAGCAGAAGCUGGAGGAGGAGAAGAGGAGGUUGGUGGAGAAGGCUGAGGAGGACAGGAGGCGACUGAAGGAGCAGGUGCGGAAGGCGAUAGAGGAGGUCAUGAGGAGGCAUGCAGCAGAGUUAAACAGCAUCCAGGAAGCUCUGAGCUCAGAGAGGAAGACCAACCAAGAGGUGUGUGCACGUUUGGAAGAAGAGAGGAGAGCUACAGCGGCGUUACGCAGUGGGCUGGAGCAGGAAAGAGACGAGCUGAGGUCAAAACUGAAGGAUGCCACCGCUGAGAUUUCUCGGCUGGAGGAAGUGACCCAGCAGAAUGGCAAGAAAGAAAAGACGGCCCCCGGAGCUUCUCCCUCAUGCAAACCUCAGUGCUCUCGUCUGGAGGAGGAGCUUCAGGAGGCCCAGAGUCGACUGGCUCGGGUUCAAGAGGAGGCAGAGAAGCAGCGUGACAGACAGCAGAAAGAGAUAACGUCCCUGAAGGCCGACAAGCAUCGACUGGAGGAAAAAGUCCUGGAACAGAGCCGGAUGAACACGGAGAAGAGCCUUCUAGAGCAGAGCCAGCGGCACACAGAAGACCGGAUCAGGGCAGAGUGUGAGGAGCGGCUCAGAGCGGAGUUCAGGAUAGAGAUGAAUGCUGCCGUGGCUGAGAGUGAACAGAGGUGGGCGGGCCGAGAACAGGAGAUGCAGACCCAAAUAUCUGAGCUGCAGGGUCAGCUGACUGAGCUGCAGGCAGAGAAAAAUAAGGCAGGACAUGGAGAUGAUUGCCACGGCAACCCUGAAAUUGACAGGCUGAGAAAGGAGGUUCAAGACACCAAGGAGAUAAAUAAGAAACUGAGGGAGCUGCUGCAGGAGCCCCAAACCCAGUCUUUAGCUGAAGAGAGACACGGUCACGCCAUGGCACUGCAGGCAUUGGAGAGGCAAGCAAAAGAAGAUCUGCUGUCUGAGAGGAACAGGCUUCAGACAAUGCACCACCUGGAGCUCGAUAAGCAGCGUGCAGAGUUGACCCAACAGCACACAGAGUGGAGCAGACAGAUGACCCAGAGACACAUGCAGCAGAUAGAGGACCUACAAGCCCAACUACAAGCACACACACAGAUGAUGGCUCUGCAACAGGACCUGAAGCAGCAGAACCAAUAUCAGGUCUUUGAGCGGCAGCUGGAUGAGAGUCGCUGUGCUGUCCUGGAGCUUCAGAGAGAAAAUGCAACGCUAAAGAAACAAUUAAAGGAGCGGUCAGUGCAGAAAAAUCCUGAAACUGAAGAAAAAGAAGAAGACAGUGCCGAACAUAGGAAAAAGAGAGAUGCACAGCUGGAGGAAGAAGCACAACGUCUGAAGGAGGAAGUAGAAAAACUGAGGGUGGAAAUGGAGAAACUCGAGGAGUCGCAGAAACACUGGGAGGAGAAGAAAGAUGAUGAUGUGAAAGAAGAGGAAGUGGACGAGGAGAAGAAGAAGGAGCGAGAGGAGGAAAAGAGGAGAGAGGAGGUGGAGGAGAUCAGAAGGGAGCACAAGAGGGAGCUGCAGAGUUUGGUUUCUGAAUACAGCAGCGCCCAGAAUCACCUGCAAGCUCGAAUAGUGGCUCUGGAGAACGAAUUUAACUGCAGACUGCGUGAGCGGGAGGAACGGUGUAGGAGGAGGGAGCCCCGAUGUGACGACCUGCAGCUGGGGAGACUCCAGGAGAGACUGACGGAGAGAGACCAGCUUAUUAAACGAUUAGUGGAAGAGAGGCAUCAGCUGCAGCUCCACCCUCCUGUUGCCGGGGACAACAGCACCCUCAGGCUCAGUGACAGCAAGUCCCGCCCCGGGAGUGUCACGCCAACCAUGAGGAGGAAGCCUGUGGAGUCUCCUCCUCGUGUCACCAGCAUCCCCAGCACUGCUGCCUAUGACAGGAGCAUCUUCCUUCCCCACUCCUCCUCCUUAUCUUCCUCCUCCUCCUCCGUCCAUCAGCGCUCCUCCUCAACCCUCCCCCACCCUUCCACCUCCCAUCCUCACACCUCCCCUCACUACUCCACCUCCUCUCUUCCACACAAGCACACCUCCCUCUCCCUAAACCAACAUUCCUCCCCCUCCCUCCCUCGCUCCACCAGAUCGAGGACCUCCUGCAUCCCUCCCACCCCGGCACCAACUGCUCCGCUUCCCGUCUGCCCUUCACCUCAGACGGGCAUCCGAUACGUGUCCCCCUCCUGCCAGGAGGCACAUGCACACUUGCAGGCCCAAUCAAUCAGGGGCCCAUACCUGGAACAGAGGGGGAUAGAAGGGCUGAAGCAGGAGUGGUUUACCAAAUACUUCUCCUUCUGAGCACAAGCACACACGAAACACACACACAUACAGCAGCUGCAAAUGCAUCUCAUAUACAGCUCAUUGCUUCUACUACAGAGACAUAUGACUUCCCACUAACAUACACACAAAACUUUUAAAGCACACAUACAGACAUCAACAGAUUCAUGGGCUCAUCACCAGCAAGGCCAUCUCAAACAUUGCCUCAAAGCUCAACCAAAAAGUGCUUCUCAACACAUGCCUGACCUCUUCUCAGAACAUAAAGUCUGCCUGAUCUUGUCUGUAUAAUUUCAGAUGUCUCCAUAUCCCUUUUUAAAAGGCAGUCUUCCUUUUUUUACUGCAACUUUUGCUCUAAUCUCAUCAGUUAUUCUAGGCAUUUUUUAAUAAACCAAGUGUCUUUGAGUAUGGAAGUGUUCAACAUAUUCAGUCAAGAUCCACAUCAAAAUGACACAUGCGACUCACCAUACCAAAAUGAAGCUUGUUUCGAUGCAAAAAUGUAUAAUAAUCUUAAAUGAGAAAUUGAAUAAACAUAUUUUGUUUUUGUAA